ACACGCAAAUUAUUUUGCUCGUUGCGCGUACAACGGGAAUUUCAGAAAAGUGUCGCGUUACGGAUUUUGUAGAGAAGGCUACGCCUUAUUAUCCAAUCAGUGCAUAUAUCCUGAUCUCACAGGAGUAGCAUACAAUAAUAAAGCCAGUCUAUAGCCAACAGCCAUAAUAUACUCACUCCCUCAUCGUACAGAGCCAAUAAUAAUGCCCACACAGCAGAACAACAAAUUAUGGCGUCAGCGCAACAAUCGAAAAUUAAUUAUAGGCAUAUUUGGCUUUUGCCUCAGCCUAUUUGGCAUACUGUGCGGCAUGUUCUGGGAGGACAUAUUCAAUUGGAUCAUGCAAAAGGAAAUGACGCUGCGACCGGACUCACACGUCUUUGAGAACUGGAAGACGCCGCCCCUAGAGCUUAAGCUCGAUAUUUAUUUAUACAAUUGGACGAACGCCGAGGAUUUUGGAAAUGAGACCAGCAAACCCAUACUGGAGCAGUUGGGCCCUUAUCGUUUCAUCGAGAACCCAGAUAAGGUCAACAUUAGUUGGCAUCCAGCCAAUGCCUCAGUCACUUAUCGCAAGCGUAGCUUCUUCUACUUUGAUGAGGCGGGCAGUGUGGGAUCUCUGGAUGAUCAGAUUGUAACGCUCAAUGCUGUGGCUUUGUCCGCAGCUGCCAAGGCCAAGCAAUGGAACUCAGUGCGUCGGGGCAUGGUGAAUGUGGGCCUCCAGCUAUAUGGCCAGGAAAUAUAUGUGAUAAAAUCCGUCGAUGAGUUGCUCUUCACGGGCUACAAUGAUGCUAUGAUCGACAUGGCGCGUGCCAUGCCCAUUUUUGGGGAUGAAGUGCAGGUGCCUUUCGAUAAGUUCGGUUGGUUCUAUACGCGAAAUGGCAGCGCAGAUUUGACGGGCGUCUUCAAUGUCUAUACGGGUGCGGAUGAGUUCGCCAAGCUGGGUCAGAUGCAUACGUGGAACUAUAAGGAGCAUACGGGCUUCUUCGACUCCUAUUGUGGCAUGACGAAUGGCUCGGCCGGAGAGUUUCAGCCUCAAAACCUGCAAGUGGGUGGCAGUGUGGGACUCUUCACGCCCGAUAUGUGUCGCACGGUGCCUUUGGACUAUGUGGAAACGCUGGAAAUAGAGGGUGUGCAAGGCUAUAAAUAUGCCGGUGGACCACGAUCGGUGGAUAAUGGUACGGAAUAUCCUGAAAAUCUGUGCUUUUGCGGCGGCGAGUGCGUGCCUUCGGGUGUAAUGAACAUUACGUCGUGCCGCUUUGAUUCGCCCGUAUUUAUGUCGUAUCCGCAUUUUUACAAUGCCGAUCAAUACUAUUUGGAUCAGGUGGAGGGUUUGUCGCCCAAUCAGCGUGAUCACGAAUUCUACAUGGUGCUGGAACCACGCACGGGCAUCGCACUGGAGGUGGCGGCACGGUUUCAGGUGAACAUGCUUGUCGAUCCCAUCGACGGGCUCAGCAUGUAUGAGAACAUUCCGCGCACAUUCUUUCCGCUCAUUUGGUUCGAGCAGAAGGUGCGCAUUACGCCGGAACUGGCGGAUCAACUGAAGCUGCUGCCGAUGAUGUUGCUGGCCGGCCAAAUCUUUGCCGGCUUCUGCUUUGCCAUCGGCCUCAUUUUGAUGUGCUGGACACCGGUGCAGCAGUUGUGGUGCAAGAGCCGGCGAUACGAUCUGAAAACUCAGCGCAAGAGCAAUGGACAGUACAAGAGUCGUUCGCAAUUCUCCAGCGCCGAGGAACUAAAGUCCAAGGCCUCGACGCUGGUGUGUGAGAAGAGCGCCUGCGGUACACCGGACAACUCCCCACUACUGACGGGUAAUCGGAAGGCACAGAUAGUGCCAAAAUCGCAAACCGAUGAGAGUGUGGCCACAGUCUCGACGGCAAUAAGCGAGGACAUGAAGCAGGACUAACAGUCGGCCAGUCUCCUGCCAUUAGUUGUUAAAUAAGCGUUGAGUGCCGUCCUAGUUAGCCAUCUCGGACACCAUUGCCUUGACUUAGUCUUAGACAACCAGUGCCUAGUUAAAUGUAGUCCUAGUUUAUGUUUAUUGCAUACAGCUCCCAGUACCAUAUGCGAGUACUUUGUGUAUUUCAGUGCCAAAGAUUUAUAAGUUAGGGGUGCAACUGCGUAUACAAUGUAUUUUACGAAUACUCUCUUCACACACCAGCAGAUUUUAUUUUAGUUAUGUGAAUUGUUGACCAGAGAUUUAAUGAAUGUGUAUUUUCUAUAAGCUGUUUAAGGAACAUACAUAUUUGUAUGGAAUAAACAAACAAAAAUCGAAAUAAACAUUUUAUAAAAAA